UUUAAAGCGCCUCGCUCCUCGCGCACCUCAAGGCGAGCGGCAGAGUCAGAGGCAGCGGCCAAUCAGCAUGCCAUUAGAGGCUUCAGAGGAAGCUGUUUAUGGGAGCGCGGCGCUAAUUAGCCUCAUGAACUAACACAUCUGCCCGCACCGAGUCACCGAGGAAAACGAUCACAUCCAUGGAUUAGUCUGGGAGCGAGAGGACACUUUUCCAUUUGACGGUGUUGCGUACGCGCUGAUCUUUUUCCCCCCUCUCUUCCAACUUCUUUUCACCAACUCUGGAGUAUUUUCCGCGCUAACUUGCACUUAAACUGGGGAACCUGGACCAUUGCGCCAUGUUUCAACCCGCACCCAAGAGGUGUUUCACCAUCGAGUCGUUGGUGGCCAAGGAUAAUCCGGUGGUCCCGGCGUCGCGUGCGGAGGAGCCCAUCAGGCCGGCGGCUCUGAGCUACGCCAACUCGGGGCAGAUGAACCCCUUCCUCAACGGCUUCCACUCCGGUGGCAGGGGCGUUUACUCCAACCCGGACUUGGUGUUCGCAGAGUCGGUCGCGCAUCCGCCCAACUCGGCGGUGCCGGUGCAUCCGGUGCCCCCGCCGCACGCGCUGGCAGCUCAUCCGCUUUCGUCCCCCCACAGUCCGCACCCUCUUUUUGGCAGCCAGCAAAGGGACCCUUCUACCUUCUACCCUUGGUUAUUACACAGAUAUAGAUACUUGGGACACAGAUUUCAAGGUAACGAAACGAGUCCAGAGAGCUUCCUUUUGCACAACGCCCUGGCCAGAAAACCCAAACGAAUUCGCACGGCUUUCUCGCCGUCGCAGCUGCUGCGGCUCGAGCACGCCUUUGAGAAAAAUCAUUAUGUGGUGGGUGCAGAAAGGAAACAGCUCGCGCACAGCCUUAGCCUCACGGAAACUCAGGUAAAAGUGUGGUUUCAGAACCGAAGGACAAAGUUCAAGAGACAGAAGCUAGAAGAGGAAGGUUCGGAGUCCCAGCAGAAGAAGAAGGGCUCGCAUCACAUAAACCGCUGGAGGCUGGCCACCAAGCAGUCCAGUCCGGAGGAGAUCGAUGUGACUUCGGACGAUUAAAACGAGUUUCAAACGUGCUUCAGAGCGGAGGAGGACACGAAUAUCGGAUACUGUCGGCUCAGAAAAUAAGCCCAAUGUGACAAUUCCCAUCUCUGAUGGGCAGCUGAGGGCGAUGGAAGGCCGGCUGUGUUGCUGCUGCUGCUGCUGCUGCUGUGGCCUGUCAGUCCAACACAACAAGCAGGAACAUGGUACUGACACUUUGGGUCUCACCAUCACACCACCUAAAAUAUUCUAUUUUCCCCCCACCCCUUCCAAUUCAUAUUGGACGUUUGCACUUGUAUUUUUUUCACUCAAGAUACCAAAACUGCUUUUUCAACAACAACAACAAAAAACUUGAAUUGCAUGCUCGUUGUUUUAAUUUGACACAUUCAAGAGGAAGACAAAAUCUUUUUUUAUUUAACUCUAUUUUCUAACACAGAGAGAUGUUGUACUUUUUUCCCCCAAACAGUGUGCAGUUAAUUCCUAAAUCUCGUGUAAAAGUGAUUGUGAAAACAUUUGAAGUAGCAGUGCUUUAUCGUGUUUUUCUUUUGAAAGAAAAAAAGGUUUUUUAGACAGAAGAAAAAAGAGAAUUUAAGGAAAGGAAUCAAUCCUUGAACCUCUAAAGCUUUACCAGUGUGGUUGUGCUUGGCCCUUGCACGCACGCACGCACGCACGCACGCACGCACGCACGCAGCCUUCUGUCAUGCAGGACGUGAGCCUCCACUCAAAGAUGCCACAAAGGACUAAGAUGAAUUAUAGACAAACGAAAAAAAAAAAAAAACUCCAAGCACUGAGCGUAUUCCAUGUACAGAAAAAAAAAGUUAUUGUUACUGUUAAACCCUCUUUUACACAAUGUAAAUAGUUUUUGUGUAUGUGUUAAAUUUGCUACAAUUUUAACACAAAGUAUACUUCCAAGAAGUAUGUCAUUGUCAAUAUUUUGUCAAUAAAGUUUUAUCAAUAUGUCGCGCGCUGCAAAAGCACACAGGCCUUUAUUUGAAGGGGAAAAAACAUUUCCUGAUUUUUUUCUGCAUUGAAAAAAAAAAAAGCAAAAAAAAAAAUUCCGCAUUUUUUUCGGCACGAUUGUGUGCAGUUCCAAAGAGUCUUUGUGAAAGUGCAAAUCAGUUCGGGCAAUUAUCAUGCGAGUAAUAUGAGGGGGGCUGAAGGGGAAGCAUUGCCCAGUGGUCCACUUUAAUCUCUUAAUCCGGAUCCAAGGGGGCUUGCUUGGACAUAAUUUAGCCCAAUCUGACGAGCCCUCACGACGAGAUAAGGAAGGUUGCAAUGCGCCCCAAAAUGGGAUCUUUGUUUCAAAUCUCGCGCAACCACCACAACCUUAGUUUUUUAAAUUUUAUUUUAUUAUUAUUAUUUUUAAUUAUUUUUCAAUAUAAUCACCAAUUGAAAGUCGCUUUUAAAAAUGUGCCUCAUUUUGAGAGGAAAAUUCUUAAUCGGUCCAUUUGAUUCCAACAGCAAUAAAAAUCUUUAGAGAAUAGCAGUGAGGGGGGAAAAACCUAAAAGCUUUAUUACAAACCCAGCUUUGAAAUAGGGGGGAUUAGAGGACUGAAAGGGUCCCACAAUAGUUAGAAGAAAAGGUUUCAUGCUAAUGAGGUUAAUGCCCUUUGUAUCUCCGGACUCCACAACUUCAUUACUCCUAUCUCGGGCAACACCGAGCGGCUCACAGCCUCACAAUCCACUCGAGCUUUUCCCCUCCCUGCCUAGAAAGACGGAUUUGAUAGCGCUCCUGUUCAAACUAGAUAAUUAUAUCUUUUCAACUUGGAAUUAAGAUAAAGAAAGUGCAGUGGAGGCGGUGAGCCUUGAUCCGCCACAAACAACAUUUGGCGCACCCCCAUCGCAACCUCUGUGGACACGACCGAGUCUCAUUAGAGCCUGCCACCAUUUGAUAAAUUUAAUGCAUAUGUUUUAACCUGCAAAUCCCUCCAAUUCAACCCCAUUUUUACUCAUUCGUUUUGUUCUAAACGCGGGGAGCACGAGUCUGUGACAACAAAGCGUUGUGCUAGAAUAUAACAUAAUUAUUCUUAUUAUUUGCUAUUAGUUCUUUGCCUUAAAUUGUAUUAUUGUCAUUCGUAAUAGUGUGCAUUUUUUCUUUAGAAACAUAAGAAUAUCUUUAUUUUUGACCAAACAAUGACGAUAAAAAUCCUCACAAAGCAGCCUCAAUACCAAAUUAUCAUUGUUUAUUUUUAUUUUUUUAAAAAAGAUAAUUGGCUGCCAUUGACGGUGAUAGACGUCCAAUCCAGUUUGACUGGAAGGUAUCCCCACGAAAUUCAGACUCAAAGUUAAAAUGAAAUUUAAAUUUCUUUUUUUUUUUUUUUUUAAUUAAUUGCUGCAUCUUGUGAAAAACUUUAAUCAACACAAUAUUUCAAAUAGUAAUUGUGUCCCACAAAUUUUAGGCAAUCAUAUUAUCAUAACCUUUUUAAAAUGGUAGAAGAGCAAAAAAGCAGUGAAUCACGCUGGACUUGACACCCAAAAAAUAGAGAAUUUAUGUCCUCUCUUCAAAUGUUCAUAUUUUUAUGACAUAAAUAGCCUUGAAUGAAUGUCUCACUUUAGCAAAUGCAACCCUUUUAUUCAUAAGCCAUUAAAAAACGGUUUAAAGUUUUGCUUUACUUAUUUGUGUAAGUAAGUUUGACUGCCAGCCAUACUGGAUUGGACGUCUAUCGCCGUCAAUGGCAGGGAAAUAUGAUCACACAUUCUAGUUGAAAUCGAUUUGAUCACUGCACUGCAAACAUUAUAAUCCUAAAAAUGUGAACUUUACCUCAUGACUAAUAGCACUCAAAUGUAGUUUUGUAGUUGAAAGUUUCAAACUCUGUUAAGAUGCAUGCCAUUUUAGUUAAACUUAAUAUUUCAUAGCUAAUACUGUAUGUGUAGUACGCUCAAAAAAUUAGGAACCACACAGUAAAUUACUCAAAUGUUCUGAAAUCUCUUUUAUGAACAUUAUUUUUAGUUCUGUGUACAGUCAUUUUAAGGGUUUACAUUGUGUCAGUGGCAUUAAAUGCGUUAAUUAACGUUGUCAAUGUAGCAUCUAUUUCUGAAAGAUUUUUAAAUCUUGAAUUUUAAAAUUAUUGAGUCAAGGAGGCAAUUAUGUCUAAAUUAUGUGAUGACCAAAACACAGCAAAAAUAAAGCUCAGAGAAGGCAGAGCGCACCAGGCACGUCCUAGCUUUAAUCCAACUUUACUGCGCACAAUUUGCAGCAUUAAACAUUUAGCGUGCAAUGUGAAAUAAUUAUCCUUCAGUGAAAAGAGUAUAGUGGCUCCUAUCAAGUGACCCCCACUGACCCAAAACCUCUAAUCUGCAAUUAGUAGCUCUAAUGACGUCCGCUGACGGCACUAAUGUGAAUGCAGGCUGAGGGAGGGGAAGACAUCGGGCAAGUUCAAUAUCGCUGCUUAUAUUCAACAACAAUAAUGCUGGAAUAUUUGGCAAUAUUUUUUUAAAAUUUAAUUUGAUGUCUUUUUAAUUCUUGAACGAUCCCUCUGCUGUCCGUUGGCCCCCAGUAGGCCGCGUCACGACAAACUUGAGCUGUUUCCCAAAUUGCCACUGAAAUGGAUCCAUGAAACGAGAGAAUAGACCCCACACAAUUCUUCCCGACCUUGGCAUAAGGCGCAGCGAUAAAUAUACAAGACAAACGAGCAAUUACAAUCAGCCUUCAAACAGCGUGCAUCGUAAUGAAUUAAACAUAGCAGCCUCGGUUUCAGUUCCCCUGCUUUAUUUGAUUAAUAAUGAGGCAGACAUGAUGUGAAGUGAGGAUUUUACAAACGCAGCACUUUCCAGUCUCAGCGAGUGCAGUCAGCAUGUUGGAACUGCUCUCAUUAUUAUUAUUACUACCAUAAACGGCCUUUAUUGGUUGGGUUCAAUUCAUAUUUGGAGAAGGACAUGAUAUAUAGGAAAAAAUGAUAUUCUUGAUUAAAAUUUACAUUUUUUUUUUGCUUGUUGUCCUCCAAGUUUGGGGUCAAUGUUUUCACUCAGCUGUUGUCGCACACGAAAAAUGAUUUGAUUUACGUGUUUUUUUUCUCAGUAUUGGAGGAUAUUUGACAUCCCACCCAUCGCAACUGAAAUAAUCUACAAAAUAUUAAAACAUGCUGUUUCCUAAUAAAUGUAUUUGUCCCAGGAGGACAUUAAAAAAAAAAAAAACUUUUAAAAACAAGUACCCUGUAAAACUUACAAAGAAACAUUUUCUCUUGUCCCACCACCCCCCAAAAACAAAUUCAGACUCACAGUAAAAUGAAAUUUAAAUUUUAUUUUUUUAUUUUAUUUUUUAAAAAUAAUUGCUAUAUCUUGUGAAAAACUUUGUUUUAAUCAGCACAAUAUUUCAAAUAUUAAUUGUGUCCUACAACAUUUAGGCAACCUUGUUAUCAUAACCUUCUUAUAAUGGUAGAAGAACAACAAAGCAGUGAAUCACACUGGACUUGACACCCAAAGAAUAGAAAAUUUAUGUCCUCUCUUCAAAUUUUCAUAUUUUUAAGACAUAAUAAAAUGAAUGUCUCACUCUACCUAAUGCAACUGUCUUAUUAAAAAACGGUUUUAAGUUUUGCUUUAAGUUUGUCAACAAGAACAGCUAUAACUUCUCCCCCCUGAAAGAAAGCUAACAUUAGUUUUGUAUUUGCAACCGUUUCUGCAAGUAUUGUAAUCACCAAAUAAAUCACGCGAUCAUUUUUUUAAAACCGUUUAUCUGUACGGUGAAUAAUCCUCUAUUUUUCUUUUUAUUCAUUUUUACUGAUUUAUU